GUGUUUUUACCCAAUGAGGUGUUUGUGCGUUUUAUUUUGAACGUCGUAUUGGCGGUUAAGUCGAUAACAUUGUGGGUUUUUUUAUAGUAACGUUACUCAAGUCAGAAUCAAAAUAAGCAGUAACGUUAAGCGCUUAUGAGACGCAAAGAUAUUAAUCUAAAAACAUGUCAUAUGUCAGUGGCUUGUCAAAUCCCAGAUCAGAUAGAGUCCCAUUCAGAGAUGUACAGAAUGAACUGCUUAAUUUGCAGGACACUCCAGCUCUGAUGCUUAAACCUGUGCCAAUGCAUGAGAGGGACCCUAAAAUGAAGCCUGAAGUUGUCCCUGAUGAAAACCCAAGCUUAACUAUUACAACAGAGGUCCAAAAUGAUGGGCAAGUUGUUGGUGCCACUGAUGAACAUCAAGAUGUCAUAUUAAAAUCCUUUGUGUGUCUUGAAGGAGAAGUGGUAGUUGAGGAUGAACCUGUAAAGUCAGAUGAGUCUGUUCUCAUCAGUCGUCUGGCACUGGAGGAUAAUGACCCACUUGACCCAAAUGAAACUGCCGAAGCCGAGGGCACAGAGGAUAAUCAGACCAGUCCAGAGCAUGUUGAUCAUCCAUACUAUUAUAGGAGCAGGUCGACUGGUUCAGAUUCUUCAUCCAUGCUGUAUCAGGGGGAAGAGGUUUCCACCUGUGAGCUGGGAAAUGUCACAUUCAAAUCCCUCAUGUGCUUAGGUGGAGAGAUUCAGGUUUCAGAUUGCUCACCCAUCUCUAAUGAAUCGAUUCUCACAAAAGAUCUAACAUCAGGAAAUCAGUCACAAUGUAAAAAUACUCAUGUUUCUAAAGUUGCUGAAUCAGUAAACCCUCAACCUUUGGGACAUUCUUACUGUAUUUGGAAGAACCAUGUGUCUUUAUGUGAAGAUAGUAGCACUAUCAGUACAGUCAAUGCUGAUGACACUUCUCAGUCAACUCUCGAAGACAUUGGAGAGAAGGAGAGGUCACAUUUAAAUGCUUGUGUUGUUCUGGGGUUGAAAUAG